AAUGGACAUUUAUGGGCAGAUGAUACGGCGUCCACUGUGGGGACGAGGAAGGGGGCGGGGAAGCAGGAAUGCUUCCUUCCGAACGGUCUUCCGUUUUGCGCAUGCGCACUUGUCAUCGCUCUCGCCGCUUAUUAAUUUUUAAUGGAAAAUGGCUGCGUUUCUCGUCUAAAGCCGCGGAACCAGCAGAUUAAAAAAAAAAUACAAGAUAACCAUCCUUAUUUUUUAGUUACAGUUCGCGUGUUAGCUUUUGAAACCAAGGCUGCACGAUGCGGUGACGCCUCCCCCCCAGAGGCAAGAAGAAGAAAGCGGUGUCGUGAAGGGGCAAAAAAUGAACCCGUUUGCGCUCUGAAGGAUGAAAAAUCUUUUUUUUUAAUUACUAUUCCUUAACUAUUUACGCGCGGGCCUCAGACGACCAUUAACCUAAGGCUAGGAGCAUGAUUAAUUUCCUGUACAAGUGUGUUCAAUGCACAUUGCAGAGAAUGUGGAAUGAAUGUCCAAUGUGACAAUCUUGAUAAGCCACAAAAGCAGUGCAUUGAAGUCAUUAGAGUCAAUUCAACUCAGGGGAUGUUGAAGAUGAUGCGCCAGGUGACGAGCGGCGACUUCUGCAUGAACGCCAGGCCAUCAUGCCUGGCCGAGGAUGCCCACCACCCCGCCACGCACUUUGACCUCUGCCCCACGCAGCCCAACAAGUUCUACCCACCUCCGCCACCGCCUUCGUCCGUCCAAAUGACGCUUGCGUCCAUGGCGCCGCCCGGCCCCGGGCUCAAGCCAAUGGCGUGCCCCCGACAGGAAGUCCUGGGCCCUGCCAAGCUCCCUGCCGGCAAAAGCGGCGACCCGGCGGCAGGGGGGGACAACGGUAAGAAGAAGAGCAAAGGCGCCGGCAAGACGGGGCGGCGCGGGCGCCCUCUGGGCACCACCAAACUGGCCGGCUACCGGACCAGCACGGGACGCCCGUUGGGAACCACGCGCGCCGCGGGUUUCAAAACUAGCCCCGGCAGGCCGCUGGGCACCACCAGGGCAGCGGGCUACAAGGUGAGCCCUGGGCGGCCCCCCGGGAGCAUCAAGGGUCUCUCCCGCCUCAACAAACUGCCAUACGGCGGCGCAUGCAGCGGCGCCGCCUUCCCGUACCCGCUAGCGCACAAGGAGAUCAUCUGUGAAGCCUCCUGCAAGGACAAGACCCCCACGGAAUGAGUUCCCAGACAUGCUCCCAAGUGUGUUUUCAUGCUCCAGUAUUAGGUCUUGAACCCGCUUGUCGACGACACAGCGACGUUGAAAUCUUUGAGCCGACUAGACUCUAAUCGUGUUUUAUUUUUUUGAUUUUUUUUCCCUUCCCUUCAUCUCAUCAUUCAAUCGGCCAAGUUGCAAAAGACUUUUGUACAACCCACACUAAGGACCAUAAAUGCAGUUUCAUUAAUUAGGACAUCAUUGUUGACUUUUUUUUUUUUUUUUUAAACUAGUACUCAGUGCUGACAUGACGAAAGUGCAAAACUCGCCCGUUUGGCCCCUUUCGUGUUGGUGAGGAGUCCAAAAAUGUUCCAUUUGGUGCAAUAAUCUUGUCACACAUCUUUCAUACUAGACAAUGUUUUUCGCAGUAUUGUUGCGCUCGUGUUUUGAUAAAUGUGUGUAUAUAGUGCGUGCGUGCGUGUUUGUGUGGCACCUCUGGACCAAAGAAUAUGAAUGAUGUCAUUCAUUUCAGCAACACAAAGAAAAUAAAAAGCACUUCACGCUUCAAAUGAUUGUUACAUUCAUCUGACGUUUUAUUAGGCACAGAGGUACCUAAUGGAGCAGCUGUAAAACAUUCUGUAAAUAUACCUCAAGUUUAAUUAGUUUCUUCUUCUUUUUUUUUUUUUCUCCUCCCGAAAACAGACGUAACAUGUUCACAGGCAUAUUGGAAGAUGCGGAUAACAGUGCGUCGUUCUGAACAGGUGCGGUUAUUCAAUGUCGGGUUGCGCCCACACAUUCUCACAACUCCAUCUCAAUAAAUUAGAAUAUGGUAGGCGGGGAAAAAAGUACAAUUGAAUAGGUAAAACCUGUAGAUGUUCAGAAAAUGUUUUUCGAAACGACCAUUUCUAUUCAAUCAAGCAUCCUUUCAGUUGUUUCUUAAUCACCAAAAUUAUUUUUUUUUUGAAUUCA